AUGGCCCCGCGAACCAUCUACCUUAUUUCAUAUCGACAAGCCCCAAGCCAGCGUGCCCAUUUUGCAAUCUUUGUUCCUUCGGCAACCGACCCCGAGAAAGGCAGCGUGAUUCACGCUGUCGGUGCACCAAUGGCUGGUUACUCACACGAAUUUAAACGUGGCUAUAAUCCUACCCUAACUCGACGACGUUACGAAAUGUGGCCUAUUGGCGAGGUAGAUUCCUCACACAUUGUUGACUGGCCGGAUGAUAUCCGCGCUAUACAUACCGAUCCCAAAGGAGACAUAGAAAUUGCUGCCUCUCAGGUGCCCGCUCCAGGAAUCAGUGAGAAUUUCAUGGCCCCUGUGAAUGAUACUACGAACAGAAGAUGUCAAGAGUGGACCAUGGAAUAUGUCCGUCAUCUGGUCGCGAAAGGGUACAUUGGAACACAGGCGGUUGAGAUCGUCCAAUCUAAACGUGAUCCUCCCACUCAUGGAAUUGGUCUACGGCCGGUAGCAGCGUGUCCUGGACACUCGGGUUGA